UUCAGUUCAUAAAAUUAUUUUCCUGACUUCACCGCUUCCCCCAAGUUCCCGGCAGAACCAUUCAAUCGCGACCCCUAAUAUCAAACCUGGCAAUUUUUUCCACUACGGCGUCUUUCGAUCUGCCUCUCUGCAUAAUCAGGAAUCAUGACUCUUGCACAAACUUACCAUUAUGGACAAAGUGGUCCUUAUUAUGGUGACUCCAUGUCCUAUGGUAACAGACACAAUGAUACUUCUACCAGCUCAGCUGUUACUGCUGACUACAAUCACCACUUCAAUGGAGAUUUUAAUUACAUGAGGAACUAUGGUGAUCGGCAUGACUUCUCCAGAAAUUGUAGGGUGUACAACUACAAUAACAAGUAUUAUGCUAAGCCUGAAGGUGCCCCUUCUUUGAAGAGGAGAAAGUUUUCGAAUUCUACUUGGGAAGACACUGGCAGGUCUUACCAACAACCCUAUGUUCAUGAUAAGAUUCCCUCUAAAUGGCCAAGCAUUUAUGGGAAUUUCUCUUCAAAUGACAGCACCUUCUAUAGUCAAGCCUCUUCGGCAUACGGCAGCCAUUUAGCUGUUGCUCCGACCACUAGGUCUAAUGUAAAUGUCCAUUACCCUACUUCCCCUAAGCGUGAUCGGUCAAUUUUUGAGGAUGAUGAUGAUGUGUUAUUUAUGUCGAGAGAUGAAAUUGAGAGGUUCUCUCCAUCAAGGAAGGAUGGUAUUGAUGCGAAGCAUGAAACUCAUCUGCGGUACUCAUAUUGUGCUUUCUUACAGAAUCUUGGACUCCAGCUAGAGCUGCCACAAACAACCAUUGCGACUGCUAUGGUUCUGUGUCACCGCUUCUUUGUUCGACGAUCACAUGCUUGUCAUGAUAGAUUUUUGAUUGCUACUGCUGCUCUUUUUCUUGCUGCAAAGUCAGAGGAGACACCUCGUCCUCUUAACAAUGUCCUGAGAGCAUCAUGUGAAAUUCUCCACAACAGGGAUUUUGCUUUUCUCUCCUAUACACUUCCUGUUGAUUGGUUUGAACAAUAUCGAGAGCGGAUUACUGAGGCAGAGCAAAUGAUAUUGAUGACUUUGAAUUUUGAGCUGAGUGUGCAGCAUCCAUAUACCUCUCUGACAUCCACACUCGAAAAGCUAGGCUUUUCACAAACUUUUUUGGUGAAUCUGGCUCUCAACUUGAUUAGUGAGGGGUAAGCUUGCUAGUGCCUUUUAUCUGUCUUAAAUUGGAAAUUGCCAUUCAGAAUUUGGACUAUUAGCAAUGUGCUGGUUAUGGAGCUUUAC